CCAACCCUAAAUUUCAAUCCCAGCCCUCUACCCCUCUCGCAAUCCGAAAUGAGUCUGUCCGACCACAAAGACACCGUCCAAAGGCUCUACGUCGAUGAAGAUCUGACUCUCGACGAGCUGAUGGACUUCAUGGAAAGUAAUUUCGGCAUUCUUGCGAGCAAGGACACCUACAAACGCCAUUUCAGGAAAUGGAAACUGCGUAAAAACAACAAUCGCGAUUUCUACAUCUGGGCCAAUCAUCGCCUUGAAAAGCGCAGUCAUGAAAAUCCCAAGAAGAAGACCCAGAUCCUCUUGAACGGAAAAGCGAUCGAUGAGAAAACUAUCCAGAAGAAUAUCCCGCGGCAGGUGUCGACUUAUGAUCAAGCACGCGCAGCAGCUGCAAGUCCAGCAACACCUCAAGGCUACAGCAUCGUAACGCCUGCUGGAUUCGACAUCCUGCACUCCUCAUACAAGGAUGACUUUGAACGAGUUCAGCUACAACUACGGAAUCUACCGCAGGAUAUCUAUGCUGAUACCGUCCGUACUGCGAGGUUCAUCGCAUCGGCAAAAGGCUGCGUCAAUGCGGCAGCAGCCCUGUUUGACAAUGAGCCCAAUGUAGAUUCUCGUGAUUCCAAGGGACAGACAUGCCUUGGGAUAGCGGUGCUUCAUAAUCACCCAGCGAUGGUUUCAUUUCUCAUCGCCCGAGGAGCAAAUAUCAAUAACAGACGCCGCGACGGGCAAACGGUGUGGACCCAGAUUUGUACAUCAAAAGAGCAUGGAGCGGUGUCUCAGACGCUGAUCAAUGUUGAUGCCCAUGUGAAUACCACGGUUAAUUCCGUCAAUGGUCUUUACAUCCCUGCCGCUGGCGGUCAUAUCGAUGACGUCCGUCGUCUGCUUCGACGGGGGAUGAACCGAUCCAGUCAAACACCUUUCUCGUGGGCUCUGCUAGUAACUUUAACAUCCGAGACAGUGCCCAUCUCAAUUGUAUAA